AUGACUGAAUUCACAAAAGAAUUUGUAGAUAAAAUUUCUCUGAGCUGUAUACAACUGUAUAAUACACUACCAAAAAUUGGCAAAGCCAUUGAAGGAGAAUGGACAGUGCUUUCGUGUAUAAUUCAGUUUGAUAGAGUUACAAAAAAAUAUGAAGUUGUAUCAUUGGGUACUGGUUCAAAAUGUAUUGGAGCUUGUAAAAUGUCACCUGAGGGCGACAUAGUUCAUGAUAGUCAUGCCGAAGUGUUUGCCAGACGAGGUUUUAUGUUGUAUCUUUAUGAUAACAUAGAAAAGGCUAUAGUAGUUAAACAAGAUCAGGAGUCUAUAUUUCAAAAGGAAAAGGAUCGUUUUAAGUUACGCGACAAUCUUGAGUUUAUCUUUUAUUCAUCACAAUUGCCUUGUGGUGAUGCUUCUAUAAUGCCAAAAACAAAUGAAGAUGAUCAUGGUGAUGUUGUAUGUUCUCUUAAACGUGAAGCCGAAGGUAACAAUUGUGAUGUUGAAAGUAAAAAAAUAAAAUUGGAGACUCAAGACAUUCAUAGGACUGGUGCAAAAUGUUUACCUCAAAAUGAGCAAGACCCUAAAGAGCCUGGCGCAAAUUACCACUUAUUAGGUAGAGUGCGAACUAAGCCUGGUAGAGGAGAUAGGACCCUUUCAGUUUCAUGCAGUGAUAAAAUGGCCAGAUGGAUUCAUGUAGGAAUUCAAGGAGCCCUUUUGGAUAUGUUAUUGAUGGAACCAAUUUAUAUAAAACAUUUCAUAUUUGGUUCUGGUGCUCCUUAUUCACAGGAAUCAUUGACAAGAGCACUAUUAAAAAGAAAUCUGGAGGAUAAUGAAGAUUUUACCAUUCCAUUUAAACCAUUUAUAUAUAAUAGUACAGCAAUUUUCCAUCUAAUGAAAAGUGAGAGGAGAUCAAAACCUGCUCCUGGAAGUAUUGUAAUUGUCAAUUGUGGAAUUAUAGAGGUUGGAGUUCAUGGUAAAAGAUUAGGAGUAACAAAGAGGAGAGCACAUAUAAAAAACUCAUUAUGCAUAUCAAAAUAUAACAUGUACAGAAGAUUUGUAGAGUUAUUACAAAAAGAUCAGAAUUUAAAAGAAAGGCUGGUAGGCGAGGAUGAUGUUACAACCAUACCAUAUAAUGAAAUGAAAAAGAAAUCUCAAAGAUAUUAUGAGAAUUGGUACAGAGUGCGAGAUUCCUUUUUUAAAUCAUGGACAAUUAAACCAGAUAUGUGGAAUUUUUGUAUUAAACCUAAUACCUAA